AUGGAGCCCGGCGAAAGCGAUAAUCUACAUUCCAUCAGCUAUCAUCAGAGCAAGAAGUUCACGUGUCUGCACACCUGGGUGAUUCGAGACUUCAGUCUCAUACCGAAGGACAGUUACGUGAUGAGCGGCAAAUUCUCUCCAGAGGAUGACAGUACGAGGUCAUGGCGUAUGAGGUUCUGGACCGGCAAUCACGGCUACGAUUGUAACUUGUACCUGAUAUUUUUCGGAACCGGUACAGUUAGAGCGAAAGGGGACUUCUGGGUGAUCGGUAGUAACGGCUUGAAGACGAGGCAUAAAGUGAUGGAGGCCCAGAACGUUACGGCCGAGAUGUCCUGGUACUGCAGCCUGACUAGCAGGGAAGAGCUCUUGAACCCGUCCAGAGGAUUUUUGUCUCGCGACGUCCUCACCAUAUGUUGCCAACUGACAACCCUCGAACCUGACGGCUCGUCCGUCGUGGAGAACCCGCCCCGCGGGCCGAGCUUAAUGUCUGACAUCGGUCGGCUGAUGGAAAAUUGCGAGUUCGCCGAUGUGGUUUUGACUGCGGAAGGCAAAGAGUUUCACGCUCAUAAGAACAUCCUGGCCAUGAGGUCCCCCGUAUUUCGUGCUAUGUUCGGGAACAAUAGCAUGAAAGAGACGCAGGUAAACCGAGUAGACCUGGAAGGCAUAUCCGCCGAAGUGUUACAAGAGAUUGUAACUUUCGUCUACACCGACACGGCGCCUAAUAUUGAUGACCUGGCGGCUGACCUUCUUCGAGCAGGAGAAAAGUACGGCCUGAAGCGUCUCAAGGCGAUGUGCGAGUAUAACCUUGCGACCGGUAUCGGUAUCGAUACUGCAGUGGAGGUUCUGCGGCUGGCGAUAAGGCUGAAUGCGAACGAGCUGAAAGAGUUUGCGGCCACCUACAUCAAUGCACACACGGCGGACGUCGCAAAAACUAAUGGCUGGAAGGCGAUGGUUGAAGAGGAUCCUCGUCUGCUAGAAUUAUUUAUUCCUCGCGGGUGGAAGACAGAGUGA